AUGUAUCGUUCACGUGCCUUGGCCACGGUGCAGGCCCACGUUCUAUGCCGCCGGAGCCCGGCGCCGGCGAUUGUUCAUGAGCUAACUCCGCCAUACGACGUCGUCAUUAACCAUAGAGCGAUCGAUACGCAGCAAACUGUGGCCUCGCUGCUCUACGAUCACCUUCGUCGCCUGAAUCUACGUCCGUUCUUGUACAGCAAGAACAUGAAACCGGGAGAUAAGUUGCCGGAGAAGAUUGAUCGCGCGAUACUGGGAUGUAAGAUCGGCGUGGCAGUGUUCUCCCCGCGCUACUGCGAAUCACACUUCUGCCUUCGCGAGCUGGCUAUGAUUAUGGAGUCCAGAAAGAAGGUUAUUCCCAUUUUUUGCGAUGUUAAGCCCUCCAAGCUCAGAGUGAUCGACAAUGGAAGCGUCUCGCCGGAGGAGAUGGGUAGGUUUCGGUCGGCUCUUGAAGAGGCCAAGUACACAGUGGGAUUCAAUUUGGACUCCAUUAAAGGGAACUGGUCGGAUGUGGUAACGAACGCGGCUGAUAUUGUGAUAGAUAGCUUGAUGGAGGUGGAGGAGGAAGAGAGAAUAGCGCAACACCAGAAGAGUGGAAUAUUCUCUUCUUUCUGA